AUGCCAGAGGGUGUCCUGGUGGUCCCAAGCGCGGCCCCAGGGGAGGCGUCGGGGCCGCGGGACGUUUGGGAAAAGCUGCGGGAAUUGUCCCGGGGGUGGCUCCGGCCCGAGGUCCGCACCAAGGAGCAGAUCAUGGAGCUGCUGGUGCUCGAGCAGUUCCUGAGCAUCCUCCCCGAGCACAUCCAGAGCUGGGUGUGGGUCCGGCACCCCCAGAACUGCGCCCAGGCCGUGGCGCUGGCCGAGAGAUUCCAGCCGGGAACGGCGGAGAGCGCCGGGAUCUGGGAGGAGCAGGUGACCGUGCGGGUGAAGGUGGAGGAGGUGCCCCCCGAGGACCUGGAGGACCCCGAGGCUUUGGGGGUCCCCCCCAGCCCCCCUUUGGAGGAGGAGGAGGACUUUGGGGCCGAGGGGGAGGAGCCACAGGAAGGAGCUCCCCCCACGUCUCCUCCUCCACCCCAAGCCCCCCCUCCAGCCCCCCCCCAGGACCUCCCGGCGCCCCGGAGAGGCUCCGAGCGGCGCCGAGCCCGCCGGGACCCCCCCCCGGAGCGUCCCCACCCCUGCCCCGAGUGCGGGAAGACCUUCGGGCGCCUGACCCACCUGCGGACCCACCUGCGGACGCACACGGGGGCGAAGCCCUUCGGCUGCGGCGCCUGCGGGAAGCGCUUCGGCCACUUGUCCACGCUGACCACGCACCGGCGCCUGCACACCGGGGAGCGGCCCUACGGCUGCUCCGCCUGCGGCAAGAGCUUCACCAACCCCUCGGACCUGGGCAAGCACCGGCGCUCGCACACCGGGGAGCGGCCCUACCCCUGCCCGGCCUGCGGGAAGCGCUUCAGCCAGCAGUCCAACCUGGCCAUGCACCGGCGCAGCCACACGCAGGAGCGGCCCUACCCCUGCGCGCUCUGCGGGAAGAGCUUCAAGUACCUGGCGGACCUGACGGUGCACGGCAGGUCCCACACCGGGGAGCGGCCCUUCCCCUGCCCGGCCUGCGGGAAGAGCUUCAGCAACAAGUCGUCGCUGGCGCGGCACGGCCGGAUCCACGCCCGGGCGGCCGCCAGGGACAAGUGA